GGAAGACACUCAUCUCUGGGCCGAAGCUACUCCGACUGCAAUGUUAGCCUUAUACAGUCAUUCAAAUCAGUAUAAGACAUGGGUAUGGUAGACAUAUGGGUAAUUAUGGUCGCGUUUUGUGUUGUAGAGGCGAGUCCACCUUUGUUAACUGUUAAUUUGGAUUUGCCGUCAGAGGAACGAUGGGCACCACUUGUGGAAUUAUUCGACGAACAUUACUUACGUCAAGUUGCGGCAGAAGUAAUCGAAUCAACGGUACCUAAAUGGGUUCACCAUGCGGUUAUUCCCAUAGUGAAUGCCCUGGAAAAAUACAUGCCCCCGCCAUAUGCCAAAGAGAUACAAGGAAUGGCCUCUUACUAUGGAGCUAACAUUGCUGAUAUUGUUCUACUCAAUUUUGCCUAUGAAGUUACAGCGUUUUGCAGUAGUAUUAUAGCUCAAGACUCAAAAGGAAACAUUUACCAUGGUCGAAAUUUAGAUUAUCCCCACGAUGUCCUCAGGAAUAUCACCAUUGAUGUCAGUUUCAUACAAAAUGGAAAGGAGUUGUAUAGAGGAACCACAUUUGCUGGCUAUGUUGGACUGUGGACAGGACAGAGUUCCAAAAAAUUUAGCGUGUCAGGAGACCAGCGCUCAAAAGGCCACUGGUGGGAAAACGUCAUUGCUGCAGUAAUGGAAAGUACCCCCGCUAGCUGGUUGGUGAGGCAGACUUUGGAGGAAGCCACAAAUUUCCAGGAUGCUGUGAUGCGAUUGUCCAAAGUUCCCCUCAUAGCUGAUGUAUACUACAUAGUUGGUGGAAUUCAUCCAGGGGAAGGGGUUGUGGUUACGAGAGAUAGAAGAGGGCCAGCUGACAUUUGGCCCCUGGAUCCCGUUAAUGGAGCAUGGUAUAGAGUAGAAACUAACUACGACCACUGGUUGCCCCCUCCAUCUCGGGAUUAUCGAAGAGCUGCUGCCAUAGAGGCAUUAAAUGCUACCGGGCAAGAUAAAAUUAACUUAAAAACACUCUAUGAGGUAUUGUCUGUUGUCCCAGUAUGCAACAGGAUGACCAUUUAUACAACAAUGAUGAGUGCUGUUGAACCUGGAAAUUACCAGACUGUUGUGAGAGAAUGUAUGCAUUGGAUGAAUCAGUAGACUCUGGCUGAUUGUAACUUCGAAUGUGUCUGUGAAUUAUCACAUGAAUUGCCUUCAUUUUUAUUAGGAUAUAGUAUUAAAAAGUUCUGAGUUCAUUAUGCAUUCUGUCUAUGUAUAUAAUUUGCAGCAGUUGGAUACAUCUGUAGUGUUUGCUAUGAUCCAAUUUAAAGACUUAAUUAAUAAGUGCCAUUGUACUUAAUACUAUAAUGCUUAUAGUCACAAUAUACAGGGAUCAUUUUCAUAUGUGACACAUGCAUCAUUUUGUUGUUUUGUUUUACUAUUGUAGCAUAACCCACUGAGCAAAAACUGGUCCAAAAUAUGUCCAGAAGACGUGGUCGCCGAACUCCAGAAGACGUCUUCAGAGUAGCCAGAAUGAAAGUUUUUAAGAUGUAUUUCCUGGACGUUGAAUAGAUGUGUUGUUCUGGGUGUGAUAUAGGCGUCGCUUGAAGACGUCUGAAAGACUUAAUUAGACAUCCAGAAGACGUCCUCAGAGUAGCCAGAAUGGCAGAACGUCUAUUUGCAACAAAUUUUGGCUGUCUAUAGACGUCCCGAAUGGGGUCAGGCUUGACUGUUGUCCCAAUGUCAUUUAUUAACUGAUUCUGGCUGUCAAAUAGACGUCCAGAUUAUGACCUCGCAGAACGAUUAUUUGCAACUAAUGUUGGUUGCCUAUAGACGUCCUGAACCGGGUCAGGCUGGACUAUUGUCCCAGUGUCAUUUAUCAACUCAUUUUGACUGUAAAAUAGACGUCCAGAUCACAGCCUGGACAGACCACUGUUUUUUGGACGUACAUAGACGUUGCUUGCUCAGUGGGAAUGAUGUAAACUAUUUCUUAAUAAACUUUCAACAUGUAUUCAAAA